AUGGCAAGGAAAGCAGCGGUCAAGUACCGCUCUUUGAGGUCCAACCUCGUACACCUCCCUCUCUCACUCUACGCCUCCCUCGCUCAGUCCCAGACACGCCCACAGUCACUCAUCCUCCACCUCGCGCCGCUGGUGCCGGCCUCAAGCUCGCGCCGCGCCCCGCAGGUAGCGUACCUAGGCUGGUCGGGUCUGGCAGCUGCCAGCUCGCUCUCUGGCAUCGGCGGGAGCCAGCUCGAGACGAUCGAGGUCGACCCCGAAGUUGCGCUCAACUACGGGUGGGCCGAGGGCACCAUCCUCGAGAUCAGCAUCAUCCACAACCCGACCAAGGCCCGCUCGGUUAGCGUCACACCCCUCUCCACUGACGACUGGGAGAUCCUGGAACAAAAUGCCAACUACCUCGAGAACAACCUUCUGGGCCAGCUCCGCGCCGCGCAGAAGGGCCAGGAGAUUGACGUUUGGGUCAUGGGCCGCACCAAGAUCCGCAUACGAGUCGACGCGACUAACCCGCCCACCACGGCAUCCUCGGCCGUCCUUGUGAACUUUGAGACGGAGAUUUAUGUGGCACCCAGGCCCCGUGGUCAGGAGGCUCCGAAGGAGGCCCCAAAGGUCAUGGCACCUGCGCGUGCCAACUCGGGCUCGGGCGGUAGCAACAGCCAGAAGAAGCCUACCAAGGGCGCAUCCCUCCGUGUCGUUCCACCCAAGGUUGCGGCGCAGUGGGGCCCGGCAGAGCUCUCCGCCGAUGACGUCUACACUGUUGGUGCGGACAAGGUGGCCUUUGUUGCUCCUGCAACGCUGAACAAGGUCCGCGCUAGGCUAGGCGAGCAUCAGGACGGUGCACCGCUCCUGGUGAACCUCCGUGUCAAGCGGGUUGAGGAUGAGGAGAAGAAGGACGAGGCGCCAGAGGCCGAGCCACCCAAGGAGGGCGAGGAGCAGCCGGAGGAGGAGCCACCGCUGGAGGCAUGGCUCGCUGCAUGGGACGGGAUGCCAGCGGGAUGUAUGGUUCUGUCCGGCGAACUGGAGCCGGAGUGGAAGAACUGGGGUGUCGCCAAGCUCGGAUUGGCAACGCAGAAGUCGUCGCGAACCAAGGCGAACGGCCAUCGUUCGGUACCAAUGAUCGAGGUGGAAGCGGAAAAGAAGGCGACACUAGCGGGAGUUGACGGGACUAUCGAUAAGGCGCUUAGCUAUUUCCGCCGUGGCGCCUUCACUGGCCACGCCCGUCCGCUUCUACUCACUGGCGGAAAGGGCUCAGGUAAGACGGUGAUCGCCAAGGCAGUCGCCGAAGCGCUGGAGGCCGACCGCAGUGUGCUCUCUGAGGUCAUCUACGACGACGUUGGUCGUCUUGACUCUGAUGCGCGUGUCAGUUCGCUCAAGGAGACGAUGGGCAAAUGGAUCGAGGAUGCGCGCCGUCAAAGCCCCUGCAUCCUUGUGCUGGACAACCUCGACCUCAUCCUCGGGCCCGAGAGCGAGCUGGGUGGAGCGUCAUCCAACGCUGCGAUUCUCGCGGAGCACUUCACCAAGCUCUUCUCUGUGUCUGCCCUGCCAAAGGGUCUGCUUGUCCUCGCGACAGCGACCGGCUCGGCUGGUCUCCAUCCCCUACUCACCUCCAAGCACAUCUUCGGCGAGAGCAUGAAGGUCCCGCCGCCGAAGCAGGAGACGCGACGAGAGAUCCUCGAGGCGAUCGUCCAGUCGCAGCAGGAGGACUCGCCGCGCGCCCACUCUGACGAUGAGGAAGCGCUCGACUACGUCACGCUCGCCCAGCUUACCGAGGGUUACGCUGCCUCCGACUUGAACGACUUUGUCACGGGCGCUCUCCAGCAGUCGAUGAUCCGCGGCGCGAAGGAGGGUAACGUUGAUGCGCCUCUCCUCAUGGACGACUUUGUCGCUGCCCAGGAGGCGUUCACCCCGAUCAGCCUGCGCGGCAUCUCUUUGCAAAAGUCUGAUGUGCGAUGGUCGGACAUUGGUGGUCUGCAUGACGCGCGCGCGAUCCUGCGCGAGACGCUCGAGUGGCCCACCAAGUACGCACGUAUCUUCGCCAAGUGCCCUCUCCGUCUGCGUUCUGGUCUUCUGCUGUACGGAUACCCCGGUUGCGGAAAGACUCUGCUGGCGUCUGCAGUCGCCAAGGAGACUGGCCUCAAUUUUAUCAGUGUCAAGGGCCCGGAGAUUCUCAACAAGUACAUUGGUGCCUCUGAACAGUCUGUGCGCGACCUUUUCGAGCGUGCUUCUGCAGCCAAGCCAUGUGUCCUGUUUUUCGACGAGUUCGACUCGAUCGCACCGAAGCGUGGCCACGACAGUACCGGUGUCACCGACCGUGUGGUAAACCAGAUGCUCACGGAGAUGGAUGGUGCGCAGGGGUUGGACGGUGUCUACGUGCUUGCGGCGACCUCGCGUCCUGACCUGAUCGACCCUGCUCUUCUGCGUCCCGGUCGUCUCGACAAGGCUAUCCUGUGCGACAUGCCGUCUCUCCAGGACCGUCUUGAGAUCAUCCAGGCGUUUACCAAGAAGCUCGAGUGCUCCCCGUCUAUCGACUUCGAGCAGCUUGCGGUGGACACGGAGGGCUUCUCGGGUGCCGACCUGCAGGCGCUGGUGUACAACGCGCACCUCGACGUCGUGCACUCGUUACUCAACAAGCCCGAGGACGAGCCCAGCGGCAAGGGCAAGGCCGUCGACAAGGGCAAGGGCAAGGCUGUGGACAAGGGCAAGGGUAAGGCCGUAGAAGACGGUGGCAAGGGCAAGGAGACCAACGGGUCAGCCGAACCAUCCAAGCCCAAGCCGUACCACCAGCUGCAACCUGAGGAAGCACCCGUCACGUCCGCGCAGCGCUCCGCGUUCACAGAGAGGAUCGAAACCAUCGUGACAUCCACAAACCAGGUGCAAGGCGAUGCCGAGGAAGUCAUCGAGAAAAAGAAGGUCGAGACGCCGGCCAUCGAGGAACGCCAUCUGCGCAUGGCACUCAUGAACAUGCGCCCGUCCGUGAGUGCGCAGGAGCGCGCACGCUUUGGGCGCAUCUAUCACUCGUUCGUCGCAGACCGUGACGGUAACCUGCCAAACGGCGAGGGCCCACGGGACACGGGGACGCGCACGUCGCUUAAGUAG